AUGGACAGGGACAGUCUACUGAAAUCUCAUGGACUUUGUCGGAAUUGCUUCAGGGCGGGGCAUCAUGCCAAGGAAUGCCAAUCAAAAUACUCCUGUAAGAACUGCAAGGGUCGGCACCAUACCCUAGUAUGUUUCAAGCAGGGGAAGGAGAAAGAAUCCAAGGCGGUGGUAGUUGCUGGGGGUAACCAGCCACCGGAACCCAAGAAUCAAAGAGAUUCAUCCAAUAUCCAAGUGGCUAACGUGGGAGCCACGAAGGCUGUAGUGUCCGCUGCAGCUUACCAACAUCCAACGCGGGUUCUUUUGGCAACAGCAGUUGUGAUGAUUGAGGAUGACAUCGGCAAUCGAUUCCCUGCUCGUGCUCUACUGGACUCCGGAUCCGAAAGUAAUUUCAUUACAGAGCGGUUGAGUCAACGGUUACAAGUUCACCGAGAUCGAGUGGCUAUUUCGGUGGCAGGAAUUGGUCAGGCGGCGACCAAGGUUCGACAAAGGAUUCAAGCGGUACUCAGUUCACGAGUUUCAAACUAUUCUCGUGAACUAGCAUUCCUGGUUCUUCCAAGGGUCACGGUAGAUCUCCCAACAACUAUUAUCAACACGGAUGCUUGGACGCUGCCGGGUGGAAUUCAGUUAGCGGAUCCUACAUUCUUCGAGCCAAACGGAGUGGAUAUCGUACUUGGCAUCGAGUGCUUCUUCGACUUUUUUGAAACUGGGAAAAGGAUAUCCUUGGGGGAACAACUUCCUACCCUCAACGAAUCAGUAUUUGGCUGGGUUAUCAGCGGUGGUAUUUCGGUAUCAACUUCCUCUCUUCUCAUAAGCUGCAAUGUGUCCGCGUUGGAUGGCUUGGAUACCUUAAUCGCCCGGUUUUGGUCCUGUGAGGAGGUAGAGUCAGGCAAGGCUCAUUCGCCUGAGGAGAAGCGAUGUGAGGAGUGGUUCUCUAGUACUGUGCAGCGGAAUACGAAUGGUCGAUAUACCGUUGCUCUACCAAUGAUGGAAGGCGCCGUGUCAAGGUUGGGUGAAUCGAGAGACAUAGCAUUUCGACGCCUGCAAGGAACCGAGAGAAGGUUGGCAAGGGACUCAUCACUUCGAGAACAGUACGUCGUUUUUAUGGAAGAAUAUCUCAAUCUCGGACAUAUGGAGAUGCUGGAUGAGGAUUCCCAAGGUUCGAUUCGAAGGUGCUAUUUACCGCAUCACCCUGUGGUGAAGGAAGCUUCAACCACAACCAAGGUUCGCGUUGUUUUCGAUGCCUCCUGUAAAACGUCUUCAGGAGUCUCGCUCAAUGAUGUACUACUGGUGGGACCAAUAGUACAGGAAGAUCUCCGCUCCAUAAUCCUGCGAUGUCGGACAAAACAGAUCAUGCUGGUGUCAGAUGUGGAAAAAAUGUUCCGCCAAGUCAUCGUUCGUCCCGAAGACCGCCCUCUACAAUGCAUUCUCUGGCGAAAUUCGCCAUCGGAAAAUGUCCGUACGUAUGAGCUGAAUACGGUUACGUACGGCACAAAGCCUGCGCCGUUUUUGGCUACCAGGGCGCUACAACAACUCGCUGUGGAUGAGGAAGGACGUUUCCCUCUUGCAGCACGUGCAACCAUGGAAGACACCUAUAUGGAUGACGUCAUUACGGGCGCGAACGAUGUUGAAACAGCAACGCAGAUGCAGAUUCAACUGAAUGCGAUGCUGUCAAGAGGAGGUUUUCAACUUCGCAAAUGGGCAUCCAACUGUCCAGCAGCCCUAGCAGGCAUUCCCGAAGAAAAUUUGGCGAUUCGAACUUCGGAUGGGAUUACCUUGGACCCAGAUCCAGCAGUAAAAACCCUAGGAUUGACUUGGAUUCCAUCUUCGGACAUUCUAAGGUUCCAGUUCAUCAUUCCUUCGCUGAACAGUGACACGGUUCUUACAAAACGUAGCGUGUUAUCUGUGAUUGCAACUUUAUUCGAUCCGCUAGGACUUUUGGGAGCGGUUAUCACUACGGCGAAGAUUUUUAUGCAGCUUUUAUGGACCAUACGCGAUGAAAAUCAACAAUCUCUAGGAUGGGAUCAAUCACUACCUCCAACGGUGGGUGAGGCCUGGAGAAGGUUUCACGAAAAACUACAUCUUCUCAAUCAAGCCAAGGUCGAAAGAUGCGUUAUCAUUCCGGAAGCGGUUGUAAUCGAGCUGCAUUGUUUCUCUGAUGCCUCGGAGAAGGCUUACGGUGCUUGUCUGCUGGAACUCUGCGGUGCGGUAUUGGCUGCCCAGCUCUACGAAAAGGUCCGAACGUCUAUCAAAACAACAGUAAGCGGCUAUUUUUGGACAGAUUCCACUUGCGUUCUACGUUGGGUUGGGGCACCCCCAACGACAUGGACUACAUUUGUCGCCAAUCGUUCGGCGAAAAUUCAAUCAAUCACGGAAGGCUGUCGGUGGAGUCACGUUCCCGGAAUCCAAAAUCCGGCAGACUUAAUUUCCCGAGGAAUCGCUCCUCAAGACAUCAUCGAAAACCAAUUCUGGUGGCGAGGCCCCACCUGGUUAGAGGAAAGCCCGAAUAAUUGGCCAACACCACUAGAAACCCCAAUAUCUGGUGAGGAAGAGGCAGAGAAACGGCGGACAGUUAUCGCAGUAGCUGCUUCUACAGUAAGCGAGUUCAACCACGAGUAUUUUAGCAAGUUUUCUUCGUAUACCGACAUGAUUCGCCGAACUGCAUAUUGGUUGCGUCUGAUGAAGUUACUUCGAACAACGGCAACUAGACGAAACGAUGCGGGAUUCCUCACCACAGCUGAAUUGAAGGAGGCAGAAGAUACGUUGAUUCGUUUGGUGCAGAAGGAAGUAUUCGCCGAAGAACUGAAGGAAAUCUCUGCGGGGAGACAGGUUUCAAAUAGGUCUCAGCUACGCUGGUUCAAUCCAUUCCUAUCCGAUGAGCAGCUGAUCAAACUGGGAGGACGACUGAAGCACUCGCUGGAGUCAGAAGAAGCGAAGCACCCCGUUGUUCUUCCAGCUCGGCAUCCAUUCACACGACUGUUGCUUCAAUAUUAUCAUAAACAGCUACUUCAUGCGGGACCACAGCUCAUGCUCAGCAUACUAAGACUCCGAUUUUGGCCACUAGGGGGUAGAAGUGUAAUCCGGAAUAUCGUUCACAGAUGUCAAAAAUGCUUCCGUUGCAAGCCAACUUCCGUGCAACAAUUCAUGGGAGAUUUGCCAGCCGCAAGAGUGACUAUAUCCCGUCCAUUUUCCGAAACAGGAGUCGAUUACUUUGGACCAAUUUAUCUUCGACCUGUUCCUCGGCGUGCUACAGUUAAGGCCUACGUAGCUGUUUUCGUUUGUCUUUGUACUAAAGCGGUUCAUCUGGAACUGGUGUCAGAUUUAUCCACCGACAGGUUCCUACAAGCGCUUCGCAGAUUUGUGGCAAGGAGAGGUCGCUGCAAUAAUAUUUACUCCGAUAAUGGUACCAACUUCGUCGGCGCCCGCAACCAAAUGCAAGAUUUGCUGAAAUUGCUGAAAAACAACCACCAUAACGAAGUCGUAGCCAGAGAAUGUAGCAAAGAUGGAAUUCAGUGGCAUUUCAUUCCGCCUAGUGCCCCUCAUUUCGGAGGGUUAUGGGAAGCAGCAGUCCGAUCAACAAAACACCAUUUGCUACGAGUUGUAGGUGAUUCGCCUGUAUCUCCGGAGGAUUUUACUACACUACUUGCCCAGGUCGAAGCGUGCCUCAACUCUCGCCCCCUAACGCCUCUGUCUAACGACCCCAAUGACCUCGAACCAUUGACACCCGCCCAUUUUCUGAUCGGCUCAUCCCUCCAGUCGAUACCGGAACCCGACUUAAGUGGACUUCCAAUUAACCGCCUCAAUGUUCUGCAACUCACCCAAAGGAGGCUGCAGGAUUUCUGGAAGAGAUGGCGCAGAGAAUACCUCUGUCAACUUCAGGCUAGGAACAAAAGAUGGCAGUCAGCAGUAAGGGUCGAAGUCGGAAAGCUUGUUGUCAUUAAGGACGAGAACCAACCUCCUAUGAAAUGGAGAAUGGGGCGCAUAAUCAAUGUUCACCCUGGUAGUGACGAAAUUGUAAGAGUUGUGACCCUAAAAACCGCCGCAGGUAUUAUCAAGCGACCGGUAGAAAAGCUUUGUAUCCUGCCGCUUCCAGAAGGUCAUGAUAACACGCCCUUCAAUGAAUCCGCCACUCCCACGUAA